UUGUACUCUACGCAGGUCGCGGAGACGUCCAACGUCCUGUCUCCUAUUCCACAAAUACAGCUAGCAUAACAGCGCUGGACAACUUAACGCUGUGAUGGCAGCGCAGACGCAUAACGCGGCGACCGCACUCCUUCCUACGGACAUUCUCAUCAACGUCCUGCACUACCUGACCCCAUGGGAAAUACUGACCUUCCGCCGUGCAUGCCGGCACUUCCGCGAUGCGACUAUGCACCGCGUCGUCUGGAUCCAUGCGCUUCAACAGGUGAUCGACGACAACAACGUCUUCCCACCGUCGUUCCCUCUAGAGAAAAUGUCGCUCUCUGAACUCACGCACGCCGUCUUUGCGCCCCGGAAGUUCUUCAAUCUCGUACGGCGCGCCGACACACUGCCUGACCAGAAGGUCGCGCCGACCGCGCAGUUCAUUUCAACCCUUUGGGACAACGAAGAUGACCUCGGCAACCAUUCAUACCAAAGUGUGCAUCUACUUCCCGGUGGACGAUACGUAGUCGCGGCCAUGCAGAAGGUCCUCCGUAUCUUCGACAUCGGCUACGGACCGCGUCCCAAUGUUCGCACCCGGCCCAUCUUCACGCUUCGCUGGACGCAGCUGGAGAACAUUGCGCAAGGCGUGGAGAAUACGUGGUGUGAAGUCCCACACGUAGAGUGGGAAGUGGACGGAGAGUCAACCGACGUGUUGUUGUUGUUCAUAUCAGUGACUCCGUAUCCAGGGACCACAAGACCAGCCUCUAUCGUUGUUUACAAGAUCAGCGACAUAGCCAGCAGUCCCCGAGGCCAGCAGUUGGCGCAUCUGACGCUCUAUCCAGAGAUGUCGUCCGUUCACAUCAAGAGCGUGGAGGGAACCCGCCUGGCAUUCACCGCCUCGGAGUGCUUGGUCGGAGUCUGGGACUAUGCCGACAACAGCAUAAGCUUGUGGCGAACCGAGUCUUUGCAACAGACAUGCAUACUUUUUGGCGAUUCCGCUUUUUGCGCAAGCUUUCAUCGCGGACUCGUCAUCUACGAGAUUCCUCGGCUUCAGCCUGUGCACGCGGGUCUCAGCGUUUUGGAAGAGCACGCGUUCCUCCCCAUGAAUAUCAUAUUCCAAGUGGGGAGUACGGUCGCUUCGUAUAGGCGAGGGAAGGACCGGUUCUUCGACGUGCAAGAGGACCAAGGUCUAGUGACCCGCUACGUUUUCCCGGACUCAGCGCCCAAUGCGCCCAGCGCAGGUACAACCCCCGUUCAGGUCUCGCAGUUCCGCGCGCACGAGGAGUACCCCGCGGAGAUCAUCGACAUACUACGCCUCCCCCACCUCCAUGUUGGCGACGAGGGCGUGUACACGGGCAUACACUGCCCGGGGCUUUCCGAGUCCGACCCGCCAGGCGACGCCGCGCGCGUCAGUCUUCAUCUGUCGAGUAGGCGGCCAAGUCCGGACGAGCAGCCUAUCAACGCCUCUGUGACUCUCACGGACUGCUACGACCCUUGGUAUCAGCGCGGAUGGCGCACGGACUUGAUCGACUUCUGCCCCCUGAGCGGACGCCUUUGUGCGGCCAACUUCGAUGGGAAUCGGCUCUCGGUCUUCGAUUACAUCACUCCGUACCCAGGAAGGGGAUGAAUGUAUCUCUUGAGUAGUCAAUGUGAUUUCAAGGCGACCGACAUCACAUCCUU